UUCUAAUAUUCCAUUUUUCUUAUUAAAACCAGAGAGGGGAAUACGAACGACGAACAGAAAAAAUUAGUUUUAAAAUGGCUGCGUUGACAUUCUCAAUACUACCCUUCCGAUCCUUGCUCUAAUUCGCCGGAAAACGGCAUUCCGUCGUCAUCUUCACCUGACAUCAAAAUGUCAGUCACCGUUGCAAUGCCGGAAGACCCAGUCCAACAAGAAAAUGAUGCUGAACCGUUGCUUCAUUCUACAGACCGAAAUGAAGAUCUCCUGACAACCACUAGCAAUGAAGAUUCUAGUUCAUCUGAUAAAACUUGCUGUCACAAGGACAAAAAUUCUAUUAGCUCAGCCAGAUGCUUCGGGGUGGAGCUAACCCCAGAUAACAUUGCUGUUGCUAUGGUAUAUUUUGUUCAAGGGGUCUUGGGCCUUUCAGAUCUUGCUGUUAGCUUUUAUUUGAAAGAUGACCUACACCUAGACCCUGCAGAGGCAGCUGUGAUAUCUGGUUUCUCAUCAUUGCCAUGGCUUAUAAAGCCGUUAUAUGGAUUCAUCAGUGAUUCCUUCCCACUCUUUGGAUACCGGAGAAGGUCAUAUUUGGUACUAUCUGGACUUCUUGGAGCACUCUCAUGGUUUUUGAUGGCCACCUUUGUAGACAGCAAGUAUGGUGCUGCUUUCUGCAUACUUAUUGGUUCUCUUUCUGUUGCUUUCUCAGAUGUUGUUGUAGAUUCCAUGGUCGUUGAAAGGGCACGUGGUGAGUCCCAAAGCAUGUCAGGAUCUCUUCAGUCACUUUGCUGGGGUUCUUCAGCAUGUGGUGGAAUUUUCAGUUCUUACUUCAGUGGAUCCCUUGUGGAAGUUUAUGGCGUGAGGUCCGUUUUUGGUGUAACAGCAUUACUUCCACUGAUAACAUCUGCAGUAUCUUUGCUUGUGAAAGAGGAGCCUGUACUUGGCCCAGCAAGGAAUCUCUCUUUAAGAAAUGGCUUCUUUGAGAGUUCAAAAAGUAGCAUUAUCCAGUUAUGGGGAGCUGUUAAGCAGCCUAAUGUUUUUCUUCCCACACUAUUUAUUUUCCUAUUUCAGACAACACCACAGUCAGGUUCUGCUACGUUUUUCUUCAUAACCAAUAAACUUGGUUUCACUCCAGAAUUUUUAGGCCGCCUUAAGCUUGUUACUUCAGUUGCAUCACUUAUUGGUGUUGCACUUUACAAUGGUUUCUUAAAGAAAGUUCCUUUAAGGAAAAUAUUCCUUGUGACAACUAUUAUUGGUUCAGCUCUUGGGAUGACACAGGUUCUGCUGGUAACUGGAUUAAACCGAAAGUUUGGCAUUAGUGAUGAGUGGUUUUCAAUUGGGGAUUCCUUGAUUCUAUCUGUUCUUGGUCAGGCUUUCUUCAUGCCUGUUCUUGUAUUAGCUGCAAGAAUAUGUCCAAUGGGAAUGGAGGCUACUUUCUUUGCAACCCUUAUGUCCAUAGCCAAUGGGGGAGGUACCCUUGGGGGCCUACUUGGUGCAGGUCUAACUCACAUCCUUGGUGUCACCAAGGACAAAUUUGAUAACUUGGCUAUCCUAAUAACUAUCUGCAAUCUCAGCUCCCUACUGCCUUUACCACUACUUGGCCUUCUUCCUCGAGAUGAACCCGAUUCAGAGGAGAAUACUGAUAUUGAGAUGACGCCAUAUUGAAUUCAUUCUUUCUCUGCAUAUAACAUGUUGACAUGAAAUUGCUAAUGUGGCCUCAAACGUGGUUGAUCGAUUUAACUGCAGCUUUUUAGAUACCAGUAGGAGAGAUUUUUUACUCAGUAGGUGAGAACUCACUCAUGUAAUUCCUCACUACCUCAAGACAUCACGACACAAAAAUGUAGAGAUUAGUAAUAUUUACUAGUACUAGUUUUUAAGCUUACAUACAUACAGUAGUCCUAUAUUCUUUUUCUUCAAUUCUCUCAUUGUUUGUAAAUGGAUCAUUUGACGUCAGGUUGAUAAUAUUUUUUCCCUGAACUCACCAAUUUUACCAUAAAAGUGGGGACAUGUAAAAUUUCCAUUA